GCCCGCUAGGCCUGGGCCGGAGCUCAGCCGCCGCCGCCUCCGUCUGCGCAGUCGUGGGACCGCGUCGCCAUCUACUCAGCAGCCAUGCCGCCCUACACCAUUGUCUACUUCCCCGUUCAAGGGCGCUGUGAGGCCAUGCGCAUGUUGCUGGCUGACCAGGACCAAAGCUGGAAGGAGGAGGUGGUGAUGUUGGAUUCUUGGUAUCAGAGCCCUCUCAAGGCUUCCUGUCUGUAUGGGCAGCUCCCCAAGUUCCAGGAUGGCGACCUCACCCUGUACCAGUCCAAUGCAAUCCUGCGGCACCUGGGCCGCUCUUUUGGGCUCUAUGGGAAGGACCAGCGAGAGGCAGCCCUGGUGGAUAUGGUGAAUGACGGAGUGGAGGACAUCCGCAGCAAAUACAUCGCCCUCAUCUACACCAACUAUGAGGCGGGCAAGAAUGACUAUGUGAAGGCCCUGCCCACGCACCUGAAACCCUUUGAGACCCUGCUGUCCCAGAACAAGGGGGGCCAGGCCUUCAUCGUGGGCGACCAGAUCUCUUUUGCAGACUACAACCUGCUGGAUUUGCUGCUGACCCACAAGGUCCUGGCCCCCAGCUGCCUGGAUGCCUUUCCCCUGCUCUCAGCCUAUGUGUCACGUCUCAGCGGCCGGCCCAAGGUCAAAGCCUUCCUGGCCUCCCCUGACCAUGUGAACCGCCCCAUCAAUGCCAAUGGCAAACAGUGAAGGCUUAUGGGUUCCUCCGGGGAAUCAGGAACUUCUUGCCUCCCUUUCCCCAGGAUCAAUAAAAUUUCCAAGAU